GCUUGUAAAGCAAUUGCAACGUGAAACUCCUAAAAUAUGGAUCGAAUCACAUUUAGCGUUAACGGACUCAAAUGUUCUGUUGGACCAGAAAUAGAGGCCGACACAUCCUUGAACGAUUACAUCAGGAACCACCUCGACUUGCGGGGAACGAAGUACAUGUGCAAAGAGGGAGGCUGCGGAUCUUGUGUUGUGGCGGUCAACGCAGACCGAAACGGCAAAAAAAUGAAAUUCUCCGUUAACUCGUGCUUAGUACUGGUUAGGUCAUGUCAAGACUGGGAGGUGACGACAAUCGAAGGCAUCGGAAGCAGGGGGAAGGGGUAUCACCCCGUCCAGAGAGCCCUGGCUGAGUAUAACGGGACUCAGUGCGGAUAUUGCAGUCCUGGAUUCGUGAUGAGCAUGUACAGUUUGUUGGAAUCAAAUCAUUAUGAUCUUACUCAACACGAGAUAGAAAAUUCGUUUGGGAGUAACACUUGUAGAUGCACAGGCUCGCGACCGAUCUUGGACGCCUUUAAAAGCUUCGCCAAAGAUGCCCCGAAACCACAUCCAUUACUAGAUAUAGAAGAUGUAUCUUUAUGCAAAAAGAAUUGUAAAGAAAACUGUAAAGGCAAGUGUGAUGUGAUUGAUGGAAGCUGGUGCGUUAUAGAUAAAAAUGAUGAUCAAAUGAAGAAAAUACAUACCAAAGAUGGCCAUACGUGGUACAGAGUUAAUGAAAUUAGUGAAAUAUUUCAAGUUUUGGAUGAAGAAGGCUACGAGUCUUAUAUGCUAGUAAAUGGCAAUACUGGAAGAGGAGCAGCACCAAUACUGGUUUACCCGCGGCUGCUAAUAGACAUAAGUCCAAUAAAAGCACUAAGGGAAUAUUACACGGAUCAGAAUUUAGUUGUCGGAGCCGGCAUGACACUGACCGACCUAAUGGAGUUGUUCAAGAACAUUUCACGUGAACACGAAGAGUUCUCGUAUCUGAUCAAGCUUUAUGAGCAUCUGGAUCUUGUUGCUCAUAUUCCAGUUAGAAAUGUUGGAACUAUCGCUGGGAAUUUAAUGGUGAAACACAGACAGCUAACGUUUUCUUCGGAUAUAUUCCUGUUGCUUGAAACCAUCGGAGCCACCAUGGUGAUAGUUCACAAAACGGAAUCCACUGAAGUGACUCCAGACGAUUUCUUGUCAAUGGACAUGACCGGUAGAGUUAUUUAUCAAAUUAGGAUUCCGCCGUUUUCACAUCGAUACAAGUUUGUCUCGUUCAAGAUUAUGCCAAGAGCCCAGAAUGCUCAUGCGCAAGUGAACACCGGUUUUCUUUAUGAAUUUAAUGCAAAAAAUAAAGGUGUAAUCGAUUCGGCUCGAAUAGUGAUUGGCGGUUUGUCAGCACAUUUCGUUCACGCAAAGCAAACUGAGAAGUACCUCAAAGGGAAAGACGUGUUUACCAAUGAAGUUCUGCAGCACGCUCUGAUGGUGUUGAAAGGGGAAUUAAUGGUGGAUGAAAUUCCGGGAGAAAUGAGCCCCGAAUUCAGAAAGAAGCUGGCCCUGGGUUUGUUUUACAAAGGACUGUUAAAUCUUAUUCCGAAGAAAACGAUAAACCCUCGUUACCGCUCAGGAGCCAGAGAUUUUCGGAAAACUCGUCCACUUUCGAAAGGCUCCGAAGUUUACGAUACGAAUCCCAUAAUAUGGCCACUGACUGAACCAAUGCCGAAGGUCGAUGCUCUCGUGCAAUGUGCGGGAGAAGCUCAAUACGUGAAUGACUUACCGAAGCAGACGGCUGAAGUAUACUGUGCGUUUGUGACGUCUGAUGUCGGAACCGGGGAGAUAGUAGAAAUCGAUCCUACACCUGCUCUUAAAAUUCCAGGCGUGCUAGCAUUCUUUUCAGCGAAAGACAUACCGGGCAAGAAUAAUUUCUUAUCCCAACGAGUACCGACUCAACUGUUCCCCGAAGAGAUAUUCGCAGAAAAAACGAUAAAAUAUUACGAUCAAGCCAUAGGUCUGAUCGUGGCUGAAACUGAACAGCUGGCAAACAGAGCAGCCCUACUCGUACAUGUCAAAUACAAAGUGGACAGAAAGCCCAUACUAACUAUUCACGAUGCUAGAGCAAAAGACCCAAGUCGAGUCAAACUUUUCAUAAUAAUUCCUCCUAGAGACAGGGGAACGAAUGUGCAGAGGGUCCUCAAAGGCUCAGACACUAUUUUAGGCCAAUACCACUUUCACAUGGAGAACCUAUCGUGCGUUACGAGACCAAGCGAAGACGGAUUGGAUGUAUUUGUGGCAACGCAAUGGACAGAUUCAGUUCACAUCGGUAUUUCGGAGAGCUUAAACAUAGAGCAAAACAGGAUUAAUCUGACAGUACCUAGAUGUGGAGGCGGGUACGGGGCUAAGAUAUCGCGCGCGUCUCACGUGGCCUGCGCAUGCGCCUUGGUCACUCACCUCAUGGAUAGGCCGUGUCGCUUCGUGAUGAGCAUUCAGGCUAACCUCAGAGUGAUCGGGAAACGACUGCCCAGUCAGAGAGAUUUUGAGGUUGGACUCAGUGAUUCCGGUGAAAUCCAGUAUAUGGAGUACCAGAUAUACGAAGAUAACGGCUACACCGUGUCGGACGCCGUAAUGCCUUUCCUUAUCGGGGGGGUCAAGAACUGCUACGAUAACAGAAGAUGGCAGUCCAAGUUGUUCAAUGUGGUUACUGAUACCGCGUCGAAUAUUUAUGCGAGAGCACCAGGUUCCCUGGAAGCCAUAUCCAUGGCUGAAUAUUUAAUGGAGCGGAUAUCGUACGAACUGGAACGUGAUCCUAUCGAAGUUCGUCUCAAUAAUCUUGAUCCUCAGUACACAGAAGUAGCUGAAGUCGUUCAAACACUCCUGCGAGAUAGCGAAUACCACAAACGCAAAGAAGAAGUCGAGAAAUUUAACAAGGAGAAUAGAUGGAAGAAACGAGGUCUGAGAUUAGCUAUGAUGAACUGGCCGGCUUCUUCGGUCGUAGACUAUCACGUUUUGUUGUCUGUGUACCACGGAGACGGCACGGUCGUGGUCACACAUGGCGGUAUUGAAAUAGGACAAGGGAUCAAUACAAAAGUCAUCCAGGCAGUCGCUUACACACUGAAAAUUUCCACUGAUAAGGUAAUAUGUAAACCUCCGACUGUCGCUACGAACCCUAACAACUUCACGACUGGAGGCAGCAGAACCACGCAAUCCGUCUGCUUCGGUGCUAUUAAAUGCUGCCAAAUUCUUCUCGACCGCUUGUCAGUUGUUCGGGAGGCCCUAAAUGACCCGACCUGGGAAAUACUUAUCGAAGCCGCGUUCAAUAGAGGCAUCAAUCUGCAGACCAGUUACCGCGUGACGCCAAACGAUCAAGAUCCGUAUAGAUGCGCUGGAGCAGCCGUUGCUGAGGUAGAGCUGGAUGUCAUAACGGGAGAACAUGAGAUACUGAGAGUUGAUAUCAUUGAAGAUGUAGGGACCAGUAUCAAUCCGGAAUUAGAUGUCGGACAGGUGGAAGGAGCAUUCAUGAUGGGCGUCGGUUAUUGGACCCAUGAAGAGUUGAUAUAUGAUCAGAAAACUGGAGAGCUGCUCACCGACCGAACUUGGUACUACAAGGUGCCUCUGACUAAGGAUAUCCCGAUAGACUUUAGAAUUCAAUUCAGGAGGAACUCUUACAACCCAAUCGGUACCCUUGGGGCAAGAGCUGUUGCUGAACCUCCGACGUGCUUGUCCAUUUGCGUCGCACUAGCCCUGCGGGAAGCUAUAGUGUCUUCAAGAGAAGAGACUGGAUACCCAAGAAACAAAUGGUUCAAUGUUGAUGGUCCAUACACGUUAGCAGUGAACGUUCUCAAAUCUGAUGUAAAACUAGAAGAAUUUUUGUUUAAUUAAUAAUCAAUUUUCUUACGUGCGCACACCAAUGUACGUAUUAAUUAAACGUUGGCUACGUAGGCUAGCUUUACAAUGCUUCUAUUCAAUAAAGUGUAAAGGUUUGUGUCUGAGAGUCAGUUGUUAAACCGCUAUGUCAAGCCGUGUGCUUAGUGCGUGUUCUUUAACGCCCUCUAUAGCGUAAAAGUUAACUCAGAUCUCUAUGGAGUUGGAAAGUUUGCCUACGUUUCCCACUAGGGGCGCUGUUCUAACUGCAUAGCAAUUUGAGUUAGCUUUUACAUUAUCGAGAACGUUAAAAAACUCGCUCUAAGCACACUGAGCGUGACCGACUCCGGCCUAAUAUGGCCGAGUAGCCAAUGAUAUUUCAUCCCAUAUUAUCUCAUUUCAUUUAAUUUCAUCCCAGUUGAUUAAUGUCUCAAAUUAAUCAUCUUUAUUUCAUUUCACUUCAUUUCACUCCAUAUUAUCAUUUUUUAUAAAAAUAAGAAUAUAAGUUAAAAUAAGACAUAACUUAAAAGUCUUAGUUACCAGGUCAUAAAAUCUCUUAAAAAAAAAGAGAUUUUGGCGGGAAUGCGACGAUCGAAGUUGUGUAAAAUGUUUUGUUUUGUUAAUUUAGUGUUUCUUCAAACGUGUUAUAUGCGUGGCUUAAUGACUGUUUAGCAUUUGCGAAAAUGCACAAGUGUGGAUAAAUAAAACAAAGCCACUGAACGUGGAUUCUCGAAAUCUUCCAACUAACAACAUUCAACAAAUAUAAUAUAAAAGAUAUUUCAAAAUAUAAAAAAAACAACAUAUUUCUUUCAAAAAUAAUGCGUCAAUAUAAAUUUUGUUAUGUAACCUUUUUUUGUAUUUGUAUUUUAUUAGGUAUAUUAGACCUUAUUUUGAAAUUUAUUUUCCGAAACUUUAGGAUAAUGUAUUUGUAUGUACGCCCCGGUAAC